AUGACCCACUUUGCCCUGUUCGAAGAUGAAAGUAUUAGCGAAAAUGUAGCGGGAAGCACAUCUAUAACGCAUGCAGUUUCCAUAGGAGAUUCAACUCCCGCCUCAGAGUCCCCAGAAGAGCCUACUAAACCUCCUCCUUUGUGCGAUGCUUCGGAGGCACUUAGAGGCACCAGUACAGAGGUCACUUUUAGUUCCUUGGGCGUGUCUCCUAUGCUUGCACAACUCCUAAACCAGUACACCAUCACAGUGCCCACAGACAUUCAACAAAAGUCGCUUCCAUACACGAUGCAGGGGCGGGACUUUUGUGGAAUAGCCCGCACAGGAUCGGGGAAAACACUCUGCUUUGCGCUUCCGAUUCUUCAGGAGCUUUCUCAGGAUCCUUAUGGAAUAUUUGCACUCGUUCUUACCCCAACUCGUGAGCUUGCCCUUCAGAUAGAGCAGCAAAUGAACGCUUAUGGAAACCCUCUGGGUAUACAGGCUCAGAGCUUGAUCGGAGGGAAGGACUCGGUCGAGCAGUCGGCAAUCUUAGAUUCCAGGCCGCACAUCCUCAUCGCUACGCCAGGGAGGCUAGCGUACAUGCUAGAGUCCGCUGCUGCCCAAAGGAACUUCCGCCGAAUGAAGUACUUAGUUCUAGAUGAGGCGGACAGGCUUCUUUGUGGCGACCCAGAAUUCAACAAGCAGCUUACAAUGAUCCUCCAGGCGCUGCCUCCCAUCAGCAAGCGCACAACCUUUCUCUUCACGGCAACGCUAAGUAACAACCUAAAGCAUUUCCUCACCAACGACUCAAACACUAUACCAUCCGGCGACAACCGAGAGCAGCGUAUGAAGCGAUUUACUUACAUUAAUGUGGAAGGAAAGGACAUGGCGCUAGUGCAGCAGCUUAUCCAAAAGUAUCUAUUGAUUCCUCAGCCCAGUCACAAGGUCACCUGGCUCGCAUGGCUCCUAUCUAUGAUUUCAGGAAUCCAGAUUAAUAAGAGGUCAGACAACGCCAUAGCUAGCACAGAAUACAAACUCGAUGACCUGGCAGAUCUUUCCUUCAACCGUUCCUCUUCACUUGGCUCGAAGCUAACUGAAGAGAGAGUGAAAGAGCUGAUUGUCCUGGGAGGUGUCCGCUCAAUAAUAAUUUUCACCGACACCUGCACAUCCUGCUCAGAACUGGAGCUCACACUAGCAGAGCUGAAGUUCCCUGUAUGCGCGCUGCAUGGGCUCAUGACCCUUGACCAAAGAAUAUACAACAUGAAACUGUUUAAAACGUACCAGGCACGGAUCCUAGUGGCUACAGACUUGGCCAGCCGUGGCUUGGACAUAGACACGGUCGAUUUGAUAAUCAACUACAAUGUGCCCAGUACUCCCGACGAUUAUAUCCAUCGUGUUGGACGCACGUGCCGGGCAGGACGAGAUGGCUGCGCUAUCACGUUCGUGGAGGCACCAGAGAGGGACAGACUGUAUGCCAUAGAGGAGCAAACACAGAAGCAGUUGACUAAUUUGCGAUAUGUAAUCGACAGGACAAACAGCGACAGGGUUAUCCGAGUGUCAGAAGAGGUCAUUUUAACUGCAUAUUACAUCACUGUCUCUUCUGCUAAUAUUACUGCAAAAUUGAAGCGCGAAGAGCAGGGGGUUACUGAGCAAAAUGAAAAACGGAACAAAUGGCGGCUUGAAAAACGGCGCGGCGUGAAAUUGUGA